UCGUGAUCCGAGCUCUAGUAUGGCGACUUCCGGUUCUAUGCGACGGAAGUGACGUGUGCCACACGCCGAACGGGCCGAGGCUGAGAUGAGUCAGGUGUUGUGUAUUUCGGUUGCCGGGUCUACCCGGUUGCUGAGGCUUGUAGGCUGGGCUUUGAGAAGCCUACAUCUACCUCCCAGUGACCCGGCUCGGGUCCAGCUUCCGGCCGAGCAGAAGGAACCCAACCGUCCCAUUCAGUUUUCCUCCAGCAAAGCCAACCCGUGUCGAUGGUCGGUGGAGCAUUCCUUGGGAAAGGGGCAUCAGCGGCCCUGGUGGAAAGUGCUGCCCCUCAGCUUCUCCAUUGUGGCUCUAGUCAUCUGGUGCUAUCUCAGAGAGGAGAGCGAAGCGGACGGAUGGUUGAGAUUCGUGUUUGAAGAAGAACCGGAGUCCGGUGAUCGUCCUGAGGAGCCUGAAACUCCGGCUGCGUACGAGGAGAGAACUUAACAUGGGUGCGUGCUGGAGCUAGCAGGAAGGAAACAACCAGCUGCCCUUCGGAAUUAUUUGACUUUGCGUUUGACGGUUUUUGUCCUGGUUAUGCGUGUGUCUUCGGCCCAAAUUGACUCAGUUGGUGCUCUUGGCUCAUGAAGGCAGAGCAGAAUGUUUGCAGCUCGUAAUCUGCUCCUUGCCUGACACCAGUGUCCAAAAGACUUUUGAGAGCUUUCUAAGUGACUUUGGUUGCACUGGAUAUUGUUGAAUUUCUGAUGUCUUUGUACAGCCUAAUCAUGUAUCCAACGCAAUUCUUAUGACACUUUUGUUAAUCCAUUGUUAAUUUGCAGAUCAUGUGCUUUCCAAGACAGAAUAACUAGUAGAAGUGUUAAACUUUAUAAUGUACCAUGUUGGGGAUAAAUAACAGUUGAUGUUUUCGAGACAGAAUAACUAGCAGAGUGUUAAAUUUUAUAGUGUACUAUGUUGGGUAUAAAAAACAAUUGAUGUAGUGCUGGGGAUUUAGCUCAGUGGUGCUGCUGCCUGCCUCGAAAGUACAAGGUCCCUAGUUCGAGCCCUGGUACCAAAAAAACCCAAACAGUUAAUGUUAGUGUUGCAUACUAACUGAAAAUACAUUUUGGUAAGGUUGAAAGGGUUGAUUUUUUUUUUUCAUUUUGUUAAAAAGUAUUAUGGG